CACACCAAGGACCACGCUCACAGACCGACCCCAUCCAGCGAGAGAUCCACCAUCGACACGCUCAAUGAAUACAAGCACGGCGUCAAUACUCGAGAAGUCCUCACCGAAGUCAUCGAUCGCAUUCUGAUGGAUCUCCUCAUGGGAAUUGGGGCCCUUCUCGUGGGAAUCGGCACCCUGCUCGCGAUCUGGGGCGCCGACCGGACCAUCUACCGCGCCAGUAAUCUAUUGUCGGGGUACGUGGGCAAUGGGCUGGCUGCUGGCUUCGGCCUCGUCAAUGCGAUCUGGUCAGCAUAUCUGGUGUGGCGGUUCCAGCGGUGCUGGACGGCGUGCGCUGCCUCGGCGGAGCCCUGUGCGACGGACGAGAAUCAAACUCGCCGGCUGCAACACGAGCUGCCGGCCUCGCUGAAGAACAAGGUCCGUGCUCGCAUGCGGGCCCUGCAGCUCCAUGCCGUGGUCAACGGGGUCAACGGCGUGGUGGCUGGUGCGGCGAGCAUGGUCACGGCGACCAUGUGGUACGGGUACGUGGUCCUGGUGCCGUGCAUUGUGAGUCUGAUCCUCCUGAAUGUGUUCUGGAGAGCAAGACUGGGCUACGACCGAUCAUUGGGGACCUUCUCCACCGGGCUCGACUCGGAGUUGUGCACCACUGCCACUGCCACGGCUGCAAAUACCGUCCGCACCACCAUCCCAGAAGACGACUCCUCCGCAGAUCACCCCGAGGGUCAAUCUCACCCCUCAUUUCCAACCGCACCCUCACCUUUCCCCUCUCCCGAUGCACUCGCUCAUCACAAGGAAGAUGUGGAUCCCGACAAGCCCAACGAAGACGCCCUCUCCAUCCUCCUCACCGAGCUCGCCUACGUCAGCGAAAUGCAUCGUGCCCUGCUCCACACCACCGAACUUCCGAAUCCUGGCGCUGACGACAGCAGCCACCAAGAAACCAAGAUCCUCCGAACGCUCCAGCUCCCGGGGAUCACAACCCUCACCGCCACCACCCUCCUCGCCUUCAUUAUCCACCACAACCUCUGGGAGAGUUUCUGCGUCUGGCUCAUUGACAGCCAGAGCCAAGGCCCGUCCUUCUCCGAAAGGGUGUGGGAUCUUCUCCGCUUCCGCAGACGUCCAUCACCCACGACCAAAACGACCGAGGAAGAACUAGACACCAUCCUGGGGCUGGGGACAGACACAAGCCCCAAUGCCGUCGCCCCUCGAUCCACGUCCACAGGCUCCUCAGGAGGAGGAGGAGCGGAGAAAGCUGCUCCCGUGGUAGCAGCUGAAGUGACCCUCCACCCGGAUGACCUCCUCACCCGCUGCACGGAUCAGACCCUCCUCGUCCGCAAGAUGAAGGCCUUUCUCGUCGGGAACGUGACCAGGUGCUUCGCCUACCGCGAGCGGUAUCUGCUGGAGAUGGUGGGCUACGCCAUCUGGAAGGAGUCUCUCGCCCCUUCCGCGGCGGGUGAUUGAGAACGGCUCCCCAAAGAAGUCGGGACGGACGGUCAUUCGAUAUGACCAGAGCCUUCUCGACUAUUG